CGGAAAAGGCUGUCACAGACAAUAUACAAAUAAAUUUGGGCUGCGGUGAGAUCGCAGACUUGAAGUCGAUAAGAAAAUGUGGACCGCGUAAACAAAGUGGCUUCAUACAGAAAGAUCGGAAUUAUUCGAAAAUACUUCGAAUUCGAAUAAACUUCAAGAGGAGGGAAAGAAUUAUAAAAUAAAAACCGAAAUAUCGAGUCGAAUUUAAAAGAGAACCAAGAAAACCUGACGAGAAAUUCGGAUUCGAAGCAAACAGAAGACAAAUAAAAAAUUCGAAGAAACUCGAACCGAACUUUGCCGAACUCAACCCACAUCAAAAGAUUCGAAAUUCACAUCGAGAAGAACACGAAGCAAACGAAUCCGACUACUUCGAAAUUUUAUCGUCAUACUGGAAGCCUCCUUAUGGCGUCAAUAGUGUGGUGGUGUUAACGACACAGCCAACUGUGUGCAAAUGAAACAACAACCGGAAUGCCCAAUGGAUUGCGACUGUUACGACGAUUUUCAGGAGAUCUACUGUGACAGCAAAGAUCUGCGGAUGAUUCCCCCGGAUAUACCAAUAAUGGCGCGAAAAUUAAGCUUACGUAACAAUAACAUCGAUGAAUUACGCCACAAAUAUUUUCAAAAACUCUGGCGCCCUGGAAGAAUUAGAUUUGAGCGGGAACUCAAUUGUGGAAAUACCGAACGGUGCAUUUUUCGGUCUGGAGAAUCUCAAUGAUCUUGAUCUCUCAGAAAAUCUAUUGCAACGAAUUCCUACACUGGCGUUUAAAAGUCUCAAAAGCAUAAAAAGUAUCAAGUUGAGACAAAAUCCUAUCGAUCAAAUUUUAUCCUGGGAUUUCAUUCAAGUACGGACAACUUUAGAAAAACUCGACCUGAGAGAAUUAUGGAAAUUGAAAUUUUUAUCAAACGGUGCGUUCCGAGGACUGGAUAAACUGAAGGAGUUAUCAAUGAGUUCGACCCUCCCACAAUUUCCAAACCUACAGCCGCUAAAAAAUUUGAAACGAGUCGACCUAUCGAACAAUCGAUAUAGGAGCGUCGACAAUUCAGCUUUCCAAGAUCUCACUAAACUAGAGUACCUGGACAUCUCAGCGAGCGGUGUUAAAUCUAUCACAGAAGGGGCGUUCAAUGCAUUGGAAUCUUUAAUGGACAUUAAUUUAUCCUACAACAAUCUGACAAGUCUACCUGGAGGAACGUUCACUUACAAUCAGCGAAUACAGCGGGCACAGUUGCAAAUGAAUCCUUGGUCAUGUUAUUGCGACCUGUGGUGGCUUGUUGAUUGGCUACAGAACAAUCCUUACGUAUGCAGUGGUAAAACGUGUCCAAAAUGUCGUUACCCCCCUCAACAUAACGGAAUGAUGUUGUCAAAUCUCUCAGACAUUGAAGACGCACCGUGUGGCCUGAUGAUUAUAGAAGAUAAUUACCCGCCCAGCGUGAAUGCGUCAGUUGGCACAGGAGUUAAAAUCCCCUGCCCUACAGUCGCCCCCACAGCAGACUCAUUAACCAAAAAUGUGAUGUGGAUCUUACCUAACGGAACAACAUUGGAGCACGGGAAAUACACCGUAGAAAUCACUGUACUUGGUACAGGGGCCCUGAAUUUCUCGAAAGUCAGUCUAAGAGACAGAGGACAUUAUACGUGCAGUGUUGUUACUCCCGCUGGAGAAAUCGCAAACUCAACAAUAUUCCUUGAUGUUACAGAAGACAUGAAUCGUUUCACAAACACUUUUUUCUCGACGGAAACAACAGUUAUAAGCAACCCUGACCCACCACCACUGAUCGUCACAACGCCAACCCAGUCACCUGGACGAUUUACGAAGUCCCCAAGUACAACGCAACCAAGAAGGCCACUCAGAACAAGGGCCAAGACGAGACAGAGGACGCAACCAACAACUAGCCCAGUGAAACCUCAGUGGAUGUACACAGGGCCAUCUGGAAUUAACAUCAAUCCUGAACUUGGGCCGCCCGGGAGCUCUGUACAGCAGGUUAUGGAGACGACAAAAAUCAUAAUUGGAUGUUUCAUUGGAAUUACUUUGGUCGCAGCUUUGUUACUUUUAAUUUUUUACAAAAUGAGAAAAAGGAAUAACCCAAGCGAAGAUAACAGAAUUGGAAAUCAGCCAAUCACACAUGAGAAUUCAGUUCCUUCAAAUCUGAUUGGUCGAUUUGAUGAACAGCAGGUAUUUAUCAGCGAACAACCUCCUGAUCAGAACACUGGGCCACCAGCGAGCGUUCUAGGAUUUGACAACAACCGGCAUUCUGGGACACUAGAGGGACAGUGGAGUGAUUCUUGUCAACCUUUGUUGAUGAAACAAUGCAAUGAUAAUAAUACAAUUAUGACUACACAUAUACUCCCUCCACCUCCAGAAGAAAUGUUUUAUGAUGUAAGAAUGGAACCCUUUGUGACAACACCAUCACUUAUCAAUAUGACAUCACAACAGGGAAGUAGUUUGUCGUCAAAACCAAUUUCAACUACGACAGAGACGCCGGAAAAAAUAAUCCCAGAACCAAUAAAAUUGACCUUUGAUCCCAUCGAAAGAUCUGGUCCGUUGGAGCAAGGUUACGACAGCUUAAAGUUUAUAAAACAUGGAAUGCCGCCAGCGAUGAAACCAAUUAAUGGCAACUCUCGUUCGACAUUAAGUCAACCACAAUUUUCCCUUUCCGAUUCCAGAGAGAGCUUUUGACAGACUUAGCAUCGUCCUGCCAGAAGGUGGCGCAAAACAGAAGGCUGGGGCAAAAACCUCACCCCCACGAUGCCCAUCUGCCAGUCCUAUGAUCCACAUUUGUGCAAAAGUCGAAACGAAAGUGAAAACUCUUCCGUUAGCAUCCAACGACCUUAGAAAUGGAUAAUAAUUCUCAAGGUAAAUAAUAUUGAAAGGUCAAACUGCUAGAGGUCAAACGAACAAAAAUCACCCGAUCAUACAUCUGGCGCUAACGGUGAAUUGAAAUAGACUCAUGGAGUGCGAGCACUUUUCGAUUUCGGAGGAGCACCAGACACAUGC